AGAGUUGGGAAGACAUCACUAAUUAUGUCUCUUGUCAGUGAAGAAUUUCCAGAAGAGGUUCCACCGCGAGCUGAAGAAAUCACCAUUCCAGCUGAUGUCACCCCCGAAAGAGUGCCAACCCACAUAGUGGAUUAUUCAGAAGCAGAACAAAGCGAUGAGCAGCUUUACCAUGAAAUAUCACAGGCAAAUGUGAUUUGUAUAGUAUAUGCCGUUAACAACAAGAAUUCUAUUGAUAAGGUAACAAGUCGAUGGAUUCCUCUCAUCAAUGAAAGGACAGACAAAGAUAGCAGGCUGCCUCUUAUAUUAGUUGGAAACAAGUCUGAUCUAGUGGAAUAUAGCAGUAUGGAAACUAUCCUUCCCAUUAUGAAUCAAUAUACAGAGAUAGAAACAUGUGUAGAGUGUUCAGCCAAAAACUUGAAGAAUAUAUCUGAGCUAUUUUAUUAUGCACAGAAAGCUGUUCUACAUCCUACAGGUCCUCUUUAUUGCCCAGAGGAGAAAGAGAUGAAACCUGCCUGUAUUAAAGCACUCACUCGCAUUUUCAGAAUUUCUGACCAGGAUAACGAUGGUACUCUCAAUGAUGCAGAGCUCAACUUCUUUCAGAGAAUUUGUUUUAAUACACCACUGGCACCUCAAGCUUUGGAAGAUGUAAAGAAUGUAGUCAGGAAAAACCUAAGUGAUGGAGUUGCAGAUAAUGGAUUAACAUUAAAAGGUUUUCUUUUUCUACACACACUUUUCAUUCAGCGAGGAAGACAUGAAACAACUUGGACAGUUUUACGUCGAUUUGGAUAUGACGAUGACUUAGAGCUUACGCCAGAGUACCUGUUUCCUCCGCUAAAAAUUCCUCCAGACUGCACAACAGAACUAAAUCAUCAUGCAUACUUGUUUCUUCAAAGUAUUUUUGAUAAACAUGAUUUGGAUAGAGAUUGUGCUUUGUCUCCUGAUGAGCUGAAAGAUUUGUUCAAAGUCUUCCCUUAUAUGCCAUGGGGACCUGAUGUUAACAACACUGUUUGUACAAAUGAAAGGGGGUGGAUUACAUACCAAGGGUUUCUUUCUCAGUGGACACUAACCACGUACUUAGAUGUACAGCGUUGCCUGGAGUACCUGGGUUAUUUGGGCUACUCGAUACUUGCAGAACAAGAAUCUCAAGCAUCAGCUAUUACAGUAACAAGAGAUAAAAAGAUAGACCUCCAGAAAAAACAGACUCAGAGAAAUGUUUUCCGGUGCAAUGUCGUUGGAAUGAAAGGCUGUGGGAAAAGUGGAGUUCUUCAAGCUCUUCUUGGAAGAAAUCUAAUAAGACAGAGGCAGAUACGUGCAGAACACAAAUCUUACUAUGCCAUUAAUACAGUCUAUGUAUACGGACAGGAAAAAUACUUGCUGCUACAUGAUGUCAGUGACUCUGAAUUUUUAACUGAUGCUGAAACCAUAUGUGAUGCUGUCUGCCUGGUAUAUGAUGUCAGUAACCCUAAGUCCUUUGAGUACUGUGCCAGGAUUUUUAAGCAGCACUUCAUGGAUAGCAGAAUACCAUGCUUAGUGGUAGCCGCAAAGUCUGACUUGCAUGAAGUUAGACAGGAAUAUAGUAUUUCUCCUGCUGAGUUCUGCAAAAAACACAAAAUGCCUCCACCUCAAGCCUUUACUUGUAAUACAGUUGACGUGCCGAGUAAGGAUAUCUUUGUUAAACUGACAACUAUGGCAAUGUAUCCCCAUGCCCGGUUACGCUGUAUGUGCGCCUGCAACAGGUGUACAUUUUGCAUCUGUCAGAACUUCCUCAACUCAGACUUGCUGCAAUCUGUAAAGAACAAACUCUUCACUGCAGUUCUUAACAGGUUAAGACCCUACAUAGAUGAGUUGGGGGCCAUGCUGUUAGCAGACGAGGAGAGCAGUAUUAUGCAGCAGGUGCACGCCGUCAACUCUGUAGAAGAUUCCAUCUUCAUGGAGUCAUCUCUUGGUCCACGUUUACUUGAAGACAGGCAUGUGACACAAGCGGACCUCAAGAGCUCUACAUUUUGGCUCCGAGCAAGUUUUGGUGCUACUGUCUUUGCAGUUUUGGGUUUCGCUAUGUACAAAGCGUUAUUAAAGCAACGAUGAUCUGAGAAGAAACACAUCUGGCCCUACCAAAUAAA